AUGUCUUCUGGUGAUAAUGGAAACCAUUCCAGUGAGCGGCAACCGCUUCACAAAGAAAUCCAUGAUGACACAGACUUCUCAAAUGACCUAAACGUUCACAAUGGAGCCAUGUCGGUUGACGUGACUUCACUCAUUGACCAGAACACGCCGUCUAGCAGUGUUCCUGAUGACAUGCGCUCUUUCUCCAUUGAACCAGUGUUUCAGAACACACUGGAUAACCCAUACCGUGAGACCACAGUCUCCGUCCCUCAUAUGGUGCGCCGUGUGCCCUCUUCAGAAAUGCUUCCAAGGCCUUGGAAGCACUUGCAGUGGAUUCUCAUAGCGUCGUACAUCAGCUUAUUCUUGUGCAUCCCAUCAGGUGCUCUUGCUUAUCACUAUGCAACAAAAGCCAUGAAGCACCACUCAAAAGGGCUGUAUGGUCUGAUGCAGAGAGAUAGUAGGUUUGCUGUGUGGCUCAUCUAUGCUAGUUUUGUGAUGGGAAUUCUUUUAAUAAUCAUCAUCACUGUUGUUUUGGUUUGCAAGAAUGGAUGCUGA